AUGUUGACAUUUGGGUUGACUCUUACCUUGCUCUUUUGCACUAGUGUUGCUGGUCAGGUUGAUCCAUCACCGUCGAUUGUCAUCGAUGCUGGUACAAUCAUCGGUACAACAACAUCAUUGCCAUCUACCACGGCCUUGGUGCAUAAAUUUCUCGGCAUACCUUUCGCGCAGGCGCCUGUCGAAGAAAAUCGAUUUCUCUCUCCAAAAGCCCUGCUGAAGCAUGAUGAAAACCCGCUGAAUGCUACAGCGUGGGGGAACAAGUGCAUUGCUGUCACUGGAAGUAGUGAUGGGCCUCCUGAAAGCGAAGACUGUUUGUUCUUGAACGUGUACACACCAGCUGGAGCGGGAUGUCACAGCUCGGGUCGGCCGGUUCUUGUGUGGAUCCAUGGCGGAUGGUUGCGGGAGGGCACAGCCAGCCAGCCCAUGUUUGACGGAUCCAGAUUCGCCGCCGAGCAGGGCAUAGUUGUUGUGACUUUCAACUAUCGUCUCAAUGUAUUUGGCUUCCCAAAUUCUCCUCAACUACCCCUGGAAGAAGAAAAUCUCGGCUUUUUGGAUCAGCGAAUGGCCCUCCAAUGGGUCCAAGAGAACAUAAAUGCGUUCGGCGGAGAUCCAUCGAAAGUCACGAUAGCCGGAGAGUCCUCGGGCGGAUCUUCAGUCGACCGUCUCGUCACUACCAUUCACUCCAAUCCUCCAUUCCGCGCGGCGGCAUGUUCGAGCGGCCAGGCUACAGUAAGCGCAAUUGGUCGGGAGUCUGGCCCACUAUCAUGGGCUGCCCUUGUGUCUCUUCUUGGAUGCACCGGCGAAGACCAGAUCGGGUGCGUGCGUGCAGUCGACGGCAAGACCAUCCGAGACUUAAUCGUUGCGAACGGUCUGGACUUCAGCCCGGUGAACGACAAUAUCACCCAAAAGGAGCUUCCAUACCUUCCGAUUCGAGCCUCUGGAGGUGUUGCUCCGGUCCCACUGUUGAUCGGCUCGACAGGUCAGGAGGGAACUUACUUGGCUCCUGCUUAUGGCCUGAAUCUUUCGGCUGUCACUGAAGAGAUGCUUAUGCAAGUCAUUGGCGUAUUCACUGGCAACGACUCAGACCUCAUAUCCGCUAUUAUGCAGAUUGUUGCCGUCAAACAACAGAUGACGGGUAUUUCGCUGUUUGGUGCUGCUGCUCAAGUCUAUACUGAAGUGGUCUAUCAAUGCACCCCUUUGAAGCCCGCUCUCCUUGUCUCUCGUGUUUCCUCUCAGAGCAAUAUUCCGACCUGGAGGUAUUUUUACAAUGCCUCGUUUCCGAAUCUUGCUGCCGAGGGCUACACUUCUGACGAGCUGGGCGCAUCCCAUGGAACGGACACGGCCAUGAUCUGGGGUACUUACCCUCAAGAUGGUGCUAUAGAUUACCAAAGAGAACUCAGUCGGUAUUUGCAAAAGCUGUGGGCAGGAUUUAUCAAGGACCCUUCAGGCAAAGGCCCCGGCUGGGAAAGGGUGGACGCAGAUGGUAACAAUAUUGCAUGCAUUGGCUGCACGGGAGAAAGCGGCGAGCUGAAUCUCAUCGCAUCUGCCACCGUCGAUGGAUGGUGCCCAACGUACGAGCCAUUUUUCGGCCGAGUCAAGACACCGUUUGUGAAGGCUUAG